UAUUUAUUCAGCCAGUCUAACUUGCUGCUGUUUAUUCUCUGGAUCGCGUGAAGUGAAGGCCCUCCAUCGAAAGGAUCCGCGAGGCGAAGAGAGGAACGCAGCUGUGACAGAAAUGUCUGGUUUUGGGAACAAGUUUAGUUCGUACUCGAUGACACAGCUCAACGAAUUGCUUGAGGAUGAUGACAAACUCAACAGCAUUGUCCAAGAAAUGGAAGAGAUGCAGGAGGUGCAGCAGAUCAAGGAGAUGACCCUGGCCAGUAACCGCAGCCUAGCAGAGCAGAACCUUCAACUGCAGCCCAGACUGCAUCACAAGAAGAGCCAGCUCACCAAGCGCUACAGCUCCCUACAGGAGAGCUUUGAGGCCUACCAGGUUUACAAAUCCAAACUAGACCACAGCUCUGGGAACAGUUCAUUGGACACAUUGCUUGCUCUAUUGCAGGCAGAGGGAGCCAAGAUUGAAGAGGAGACAGAGAACAUGGCUGACUCCUUCUUGGACGGCGACGUCACCCUGGAUGCCUUCAUGGACUCGUACCAGAGCAACAGGAAGCUAGCCCACCUGAGGAGGGUGAAGAUUGACAAGCUGCAGGAGAUGGUGCUGAAGGGUGGGCGGCUGCCUCGGGUCCCAGUCCCCUGCUCCCACCCUCAGGAGGUCUCAGCCAGGCCAGCCCCCCUCUACACAGAUGCCAACAACCACAACCCCUUUCCAGUGCCCCAGCCAAGGAGAGCCCCCCCUCCCCCUCCAGCCCAACAACCCCCAGCUGUAGCCCCACAGCCCCAGCCUGCUGUCUUCUCCUACCCUGCCACCCCAUACCCCCCUAUCCCCCCCAGGGCGGGCCACUCUUUGCUCAGUGUCAACCCUGGGUAUCUGCAGCCUUUCGUGUCUCAGUACCCCCCUGCCCUGCCUCAGAGGCCUCCCCCUCGCAUGGCUCCGCAGUCUGGCUUCAUGAUUCAGUAGUGAAUGGGCCACAGUAAAGGUGCAUUACAGUACGUGCAGUGGACUUGUACUGCAGCCUCGCUGGAACUAUCUUCUGUGUCGUGUCAGGCUGUGAGGCUCCAUGAAUAUGCCGCAACGUAACGCAAAGGGGGUUGAUUGACUUGCUACGGCUGGUCUGGGCAUGUCCAACUGAAAAAACUGAAUCUAUACAGCAUCGAGAUUGAAUUUGCACUCUUUUCACCAGAAUCAAUACUCCAUUGCUACAACACCCCAGAAAGGACUUGACCUACCAGUCUGCCUACGUUUGCUAAGCUAAAUCCCUCAGCGACAGGGCUUUAGAUGUAGUCUAAAGUGAAUGGUUCACUGGCCUCAGUAGCAUGGACUGGCCAUCACCCCAGUUAAAUGAGCCCUAGGUUAUCACCACUUUGUCCCAGUCAGACAGUCCAUGCCCCUCAGUUGUCCUCAGUCCUCCCUUUCCUCCUGCCCCUGUCACAGUGACGGUGCCUCAUCUGUCGUCUGUGGUGUCUAAAGGGAAGGGGGACUACAGCCGUUCAUCGCUGUUUCUCAUCUCAUCUACUGUGUCAUUUGGAUUGGUUGUUUUUAUGUUGCGUUACCAGAGACUCUUCACGGAAGAUAAUGGCAAAGCAUAUGCAAAACGAACAGAGACCUUACUGUGCUGUUUUUAGAACCAAUUUCCCAGGUAUAUCUGCACAAACCUGUAUCCAUUAUAUUCGGACAUUUACUGACUUAAUUCCAUAGGGUACGUAGAAAUGUUGAGACUUCUUCUGAAAUUAAUUAAUAUAUAUUUAGAGUACGAAUGUCUUACAGGAUGCUGGAUGCUUACUUAUUUUUGCCAGGAAAGAGUGGACAGACAUUUUUACAGAAAUAAAAUGUUUUUGUGAGGUGGGUGCAUCUCUUCUCCAGAACAGAGAUUUGUCAAAGGAGUGUCUGGAUCUCAUGCUCAAUCCAGUACGGAGGACAGUUGGUCUCUGUCGCUCAGGGCAGAUAUGUGCUGAUAGGGGUGGGUGGGGCUCUUGUCACAAACACUCUGAACCCUGGGCCUUUUGGUCUGGCCUAUCAAGGAUCUGGCCAUGGCCAUAUAAUACAUUUUUCUUAACUAUGUUUUAGUCAGUUAUCUAAUAAGCAUACUUUAUGCUCAACAGUUGAGACAUUUGUUUGCCUUUCACCUUUUUGUCUUGCCCUUCAGCAUUCCUUUCAUAAUUGAAUGACCUUUUCUCUUGAUUUUACUUGGGUACAUGUUCUAAAGCUUAUCAUCCUGGAUGUUGAAACAAGAUUUAGUCAUAUAUAUAUAUAUAUAAUCUUAAUCUGUGAUAUAACCAUAUACAGUCCAUAUCAAAUUAAGUAUAUAACUGAGCCAGUCAUUCACAGUUGUGUGAACAGUAGCACUCUCUGUUGUAAUUAAUGUAUGUAGACAAUGUUUGUGUUGGGCUCUAAAUAUUUGAUUCGGAUCAUUAUCACAUUGACUGAACACCAAAGAUUCCAUGUUGUCUUAAUGUCUCUGAAGUUGUUUAUAGAUAAACCAUUGUGUAAAAGUACUAUUUUCAUACCUUCCUGCAUAUCCAUUUGUUAGGUUUAUACCCAUAUGGUACUAGUUUGAGGUGUGCACAUUUUAACGUUUUGUAGCCUAUUGUUUCUUCACACCAGACUCCAUAUUCAGGAAAUGGAGUCUGGAUCAAACAUGAAACUAAAAUGUCUCUGCACCAUUUUUAUUACAAGUACUUAUCCUGAAGGAGUCACAUAUCCUAAAACAGUGGUUGGUUACCUUGUCCUAAAUGCUGCAGUUGUGCACUGUUAAAGAGCCAAUGAGUGCCUACACUGAACUGGACUGAUUAUGGAGAAUCAUACUGCUGACUGCUCUAUGCUCGAUCUGUGAACACUGACCAUGCUUAACUUAUCUGCUGGUCUGGAUCACCCUAGCCUAGGAACAUACAUGUAUAGUAUGUUCCUAGCCCCUUGCUAACCCCCCCAUCAAUGUUUACUUCCCCUUGGCUGUGCCCCAGUUCGGUUCCCCAGUUCGGUUCUCCAACUAAUGUGAUGGUUAUGCAUGCCUGGGGGCAGGAGAGGCUUGAGUCUGUCUGCCUGUCAGGAUUCAACUCUCCUAACUGGUGCUAUGGGGCUGGUGCCGCCACUGCAGUUUGCUUCUGAACUUGUGCUUGAGAGGUAUGUCUUCAGGGUCUGUGCCUAAUGUUUGUGUGGUACUCUUACUGCUUCUUUAUACUAUCAAUAGAAACAGUGGUUUGCCUGCCCUGAGGUGGGUGACCACCAUUUCUGUUAAUAUGCAUAUCUAUGUUUCGCCAACACAAUAGGACUCCUAGAGUUUUUAUAUCAAACAGAAAUGCAUAUUUUUUUAUACAUGGGCCACAAUCGGAGCAAUAACAGUUUGCUUGUAAGUUAUGUUGAAGAUAAAGUCAUGCAUCUUUCUUUUUCAAAUGCAAGAAAUCUGAUGUAUACCAAUUGUUUUGAUGAACCUGCAUUUCUAAUUUAAAUUAUUAAUCAUUGUUUGUGUGCAUGUUUUAGUUUUUAUUUUAUUCAUUUCAGAGUUUUUCUGCUGUAGCUAGCUGUUUGUCUAUAACUGGCAUAAUUCAGCUGUUUGGGCUGCUUUAAAAUACAGACAUUUGUAGUACUCCAUUUCAUACAUUGUUUGAUUCAAUGUUAAUGUUGUUGGUCUUUUAGCUUUUAAGAUUGUAGAGGUGGUUGGUGGAAUUAUAAAACUAUUUUAAAGUGUU